GGAGCCCCGGCCGCGGCCGGAGGCGGAGUCGCCAAGGGAGGAGGCGCCGAGCUGAGCGGGCGACGCCGCGGGAAGUUCUGGAAACGCCGGGAGCUGCGAGUGUCCAGCUGCGGAGACCCGUGAUAAUUCGUUAACUAAUUCAACAAACGGGACCCUUCUGUGUGCCAGAAACCGCAAGCAGUUGCUAACCCAGUGGGACAGGCGGAUUGGAAGAGCGGGAAGGUCCUGGCCCAGAGCAGUGUGGUGAGCGCUGUGCUGGAAGGGAAUGCGGGCAGUGGGUACUUGGUAGAGCACUGACUGCCUCCGGCCAGAGGACUUCCCGGAGGAGGUGACUCGUGAGCUGGAGUGGUCAGAGGAAGGCUGGCAAAAGGGCGGCGUGGACGGAGGAACAGCCUAUGUGAGUGGGAGCAGAGACCUUGGCCAAUGCCAUUCCUUAUGGCCUUGUAGUGGAAGCAAGGUGAUGGGGAAGGAACACUGUAGGGGAUAGCUGUCCACGGACGCUGUCUACAAGACCCUGGAGUGAGAUAACGUGCCUGGUACUGUGCCCUGCAUGUGUAAGAUGCCCAGUUGACCUUCGCAGCAGGAGCCUGGAUCAGGACACUUCCUGCCUCAGGUAUUGCUGGGCAGCCCAGACACUUCCCUCUGUGACCAUGAAACUCUGGGUGUCUGCAUUGCUGAUGGCCUGGUUUGGUGUCCUGAGCUGUGUGCAGGCCGAAUUCUUCACCUCUAUUGGGCACAUGACUGACCUGAUUUAUGCAGAGAAAGAGCUGGUGCAGUCUCUGAAAGAGUACAUCCUUGUGGAGGAAGCCAAGCUUUCCAAGAUUAAGAGCUGGGCCAACAAAAUGGAAGCCUUGACUAGCAAGUCAGCUGCUGAUGCUGAGGGCUACCUGGCUCACCCUGUGAAUGCCUACAAACUGGUGAAGCGGCUAAACACAGACUGGCCUGCGCUGGAGGACCUUGUCCUGCAGGACUCAGCUGCAGGUUUUAUCGCCAACCUCUCUGUGCAGCGGCAGUUCUUCCCCACUGAUGAGGACGAGAUAGGAGCUGCCAAAGCCCUGAUGAGACUUCAGGACACAUACAGGCUGGACCCAGGCACAAUUUCCAGAGGGGAACUUCCAGGAACCAAGUACCAGGCAAUGCUGAGUGUGGAUGACUGCUUUGGGAUGGGCCGCUCGGCCUACAAUGAAGGGGACUAUUAUCAUACGGUGUUGUGGAUGGAGCAGGUGCUAAAGCAGCUUGAUGCCGGGGAGGAGGCCACCACAACCAAGUCCCAGGUGCUGGACUACCUCAGCUAUGCUGUCUUCCAGUUGGGUGAUCUGCACCGUGCCCUGGAGCUCACCCGCCGCCUGCUCUCCCUUGACCCAAGCCAUGAACGAGCUGGAGGGAAUCUGCGGUACUUUGAGCAGUUAUUGGAGGAAGAGAGAGAAAAAACGUUAUCAAAUCAGACAGAAGCUGAGCUAGCAACCCCAGAAGGCAUCUAUGAGAGGCCUGUGGACUACCUGCCUGAGAGGGAUGUUUACGAGAGCCUCUGUCGUGGGGAGGGUGUCAAACUGACACCCCGUAGACAGAAGAGGCUUUUCUGUAGGUACCACCAUGGCAACAGGGCCCCACAGCUGCUCAUUGCCCCCUUCAAAGAGGAGGACGAGUGGGACAGCCCGCACAUCGUCAGGUACUACGAUGUCAUGUCUGAUGAGGAAAUCGAGAGGAUCAAGGAGAUCGCAAAACCUAAACUUGCACGAGCCACCGUUCGUGAUCCCAAGACAGGAGUCCUCACUGUCGCCAGCUACCGGGUUUCCAAAAGCUCCUGGCUAGAGGAAGAUGAUGACCCUGUUGUGGCCCGAGUAAAUCGUCGGAUGCAGCAUAUCACAGGGUUAACAGUAAAGACUGCAGAAUUGUUACAGGUUGCAAAUUAUGGAGUGGGAGGACAAUAUGAACCACACUUCGACUUCUCUAGGAAUGAUGAGCGAGAUACUUUCAAGCAUUUAGGGACGGGGAAUCGUGUGGCCACUUUCUUAAACUACAUGAGUGAUGUAGAAGCUGGUGGUGCCACCGUCUUCCCUGAUCUGGGGGCUGCAAUUUGGCCUAAGAAGGGUACAGCUGUGUUCUGGUACAACCUCUUGCGGAGCGGGGAAGGUGACUACCGAACAAGACAUGCUGCCUGCCCUGUGCUUGUGGGCUGCAAGUGGGUCUCCAAUAAGUGGUUCCAUGAACGAGGACAGGAGUUCUUGAGACCUUGUGGAUCAACAGAAGUUGACUGACAUCCUUUUCUGUCUGGCCUUCCCCUUCCUGGUCCUUCAGCCCAUGUCAACGUGACAGACACCUUUGUAUGUUCCUUUGUAUGUUCCUAUCAGGCUGAUUUUUGGAGAAAUGAAUGUUUGUCUGGAGCAGAGGGAGACCAUACUAGGGUGACUCCUGUGUGACUGAAGUCCCAGCCCUUCCAUUCAGCCUGUGCCAUCCCUGGCCCCAAGGCUAGGAUCAAAGUGGCUGCAGCAGAGUUAGCUGUCUAGCGCCUAGCAAGGUGCCUUUGUACCUCAGGUGUUUUAGGUGUGAGAUGUUUCAGUGAACCAAAGUUCUGAUACCUUGUUUACAUGUUUGUUUUUAUGGCAUUUCUAUCUAUUGUGGCUUUACCAAAAAAUAAAAUGUCCCUGCCAGAAGCCUUAAA